UGGGCAGGUCGCGUCAUGCUGCGCUACCUGCUGAAAACGCUGCUGCAGAUGAACCUGUUCGCGGACUCCCUGGCCCGGGACGUGGCCAACUCCAGCGACCUGCUCCUCGGCUUCAACUCCUCGGGGCUGGCGCUCAACCACAGCCUGCCGUCCCCUGGCGAGCCUUUGCUCAACGGGUCGAGGGUCGGGCCGGAGGACGCGAUGCCGCGCAUCGUGGAGCAGCCGCCAGAUCUGCUGGUGUCCCGAGGCGAGCCGGCCACGCUGCCCUGCCGUGCGGAGGGCCGGCCCCGGCCCAACAUCGAGUGGUACAAAAACGGGGCGCGCGUGGCCACCGCGCUCCUCCGAGAUGAUUUCCGGCAGUCCCCUGGGAACGUGGUGGUGGCAGUGGGGGAGCCAGCUGUGAUGGAAUGCGUGCCCCCCCGCGGCCACCCGGAGCCGUCGGUGUCCUGGAAGAAGGGCAGCGCCCCAGUCAAGGAGGAGGAGGGAAGGAUCACGAUCCGUGGAGGGAAGCUGAUGAUGUCACACACACACAAGAGUGACGCAGGGAUGUAUGUGUGUGUGGCCUCCAACAUGGCAGGAGAACGGGAGAGUGCAGGGGCCGAACUUGCGGUACUGGAGCGCCCCUCAUUCCUGCAGAGGCCAGUGGAUCGGGUGGUCCUGGCCGACGGCCCUGUGCAUUUCCCAUGUGAGGUGCAGGGCGAUCCCCCACCUCGUCUACACUGGCGCAAGCAGGAUGGAGAACUGCUCACAGGCAGGUAUGAGAUCCGGAGUGACCACAGCCUUUGGAUUGGACGUGUGAGUGCUGACGAUGAGGGGACAUACACCUGCGUGGCGGAGAACAGCGUGGGCCGAGUGGAAGCGUCUGGCUCCCUCAGUGUUCAUGUUCCACCCCAGCUGGUGACCCAGCCCCAGGACCAGAUGGCAACUACUGGAGACAAUGUGACUUUUCAAUGCGAGACCAAAGGAAACCCCCCACCUGCCAUCUUCUGGCAGAAGGAGGGAAGCCAAGUCCUGCUUUUCCCCAGUCAGUCUCUUCAGCCCACAGGGCGCUUCUCAGUCUCUCCUAGAGGCCAGCUCAACAUCACUGAAGUGCAGAGGGGGGAUGCUGGCUACUAUGUGUGCCAGGCUGUCAGUGUGGCUGGCAGCGUCCUGGCCAAGGCCCUGUUGAAGGUAAAAGGAGCCUCGAUGGAUGGGCUGCCUCCCAUCAUCCUCCAGGGACCAGCAAAUCAGACACUGGCACUUGGCUCCUCCGUGUGGCUGCCAUGCAGAGUAACCGGGACCCCUCAACCGAGUGUCCAGUGGAAAAAGGACGGGCAGGGACUGCAGGGGGAUGGCCGCCAGCUCAACCUAAUGGCCAAUGGCACCCUGCACAUUGCCAAGGUGCAGGAGACGGACGUGGGCCUCUACAGCUGUGUGGCCAAGAGUUCCACAGGGGAGGCCAUAUGGAGUGCCUGGCUCAGGGGGCAGGGAAACUGGGGAGAAUUACCAGACCCGCCUCCAGAACCCAGCAGCCCUCCAGGGCCUCCCUCUCAGCCAGUGGUCACUGAGAUCACCAAGAACAGCGUCACCCUGACCUGGAAGCCCAACCCGCAGGCUGGGGCUGCAGUUACCUCUUAUUUGAUAGAGGCUUUCAGCCAAGCAGCUGGCAACACGUGGCGGACAGUGGCAGACGGUGUGCAGCUGGAGACACACACGGUCAGCGGUCUGCAGCCCAACACCAUCUACCUGUUCCUGGUGCGAGCGGUGGGAGCCUGGGGCCUCAGUGAGCCCAGCCCCGUCUCUGAGCCUGUCCGCACCCAGGACAGCAACCCAUCCAGGCCAGCGGAGGACCCGUGGAGAGGCCAGCCGGGACUGGCUGGAGUGGCUGUGCGUGUGCAGGAGCCUGUAGUCCUUGGGCCCCGGACCCUGCAGGUGUCCUGGACUGUAGAUGGCCCAGUCGAGCUGGUGCGAGGUUUCCAGGUGUAUUGGAGAGUAGCAGGUUCUGAUGGGGGAAGCUGGACUGUGCAGGACCUACAGUCCCCAAGCCAGUACAGUACUGUGCUAAGAGGACUCCCCCCAGGGACCCAAAUUCAGAUCAAGGUGCAAGCCCAAGGCCAGGAGGGGCUGGGUGCUGACAGUCUCUUGGUGACGGGGAGCAUUCCUGAGGAGGCCCCCAGUGGUCCCCCUCAGAGAGUGGCAGUAGCCUUGGGGGGUGAAGGCAACAGCAGUAUCACCGUGUCCUGGGAACCUCCACUCCCCCCCCAGCAAAAUGGGGUCAUCAAGGAAUACCAGGUACCGGGUGGGGAAGGGCCUGGGUGGGAGGGGGAGGACCCAGGGCUAGGAUUAGGCAGGGAUCCAGGACUGGCUUCGGGGCGGCGGAGCAGGUUCUGGGAGAGGAGAGAGGCUUCAGAGUGUGGUCUCCGGGCUGAAUUAAGCCCGGCUAAGCCGCUGGGCCUCCUAGAGCGUCAGGUUUCCACGUGGGGCCAGAAUCCCAUUUCUGACUCUAAACCUGGGUCUCUGCCUCCCCAGAUCUGGUGCCUGGGGAAUGAGAGCCGUUUCCACCUCAAUCGGUCUGCGGCAGGUUGGGCGCGCUCUGCGGUGCUCCAGGGGCUGCUGCCAGGUCUCCCCUACCGGACCCUGGUCGCAGCGGCCACCAGCGCUGGCGUUGGCGAGGCCAGUGCCCCGGUGUCUGUGCAGCUGCCCUUUUUCCUGUUUCCCUCUUCUUUCUCCCCGGGAUCCUUUUCGGAAGCUUCCUUUGCCUACACACCUGCAGUGUCCUUCCCACACUCGGAGGGCCUCUCGGGAGCCAGUUCCAGGCCACCCGUGGGCCUCGGCCCUGCUCCCUACCCCUGGCUGGCAGACUCCUGGCCCCACCCAUCUCGAAGCCCCUCAGCCCAGGAACCCAGGGGAAGCUGCUGCCCCAGCAAUCCCGACCCAGACGACAGAUAUUACAAUGAAGCUGGGAUCUCCCUCUACCUGGCUCAGACGGCCCGGGGCGCUGCUGCCUCCCCGGAGGGUCCCGUCUAUAGCACCAUUGACCCGGCUGGGGAGGAGCUGCAGACUUUCCAUGGGGGCUUCCCCCCAAACUCCUCCGGGGACCUGGGCACCUGGAGCCAGUAUGCUCCCCCGGAAUGGAGCCAGGGAGACAGUGGACCCAGGGGAGGCAAAGCGAAGCUUCUGGGGAAACCUGUGCAGAUGCCCUCCCUCAGCUGGCCAGAAGCCCUGCCACCGCCACCUCCUUCCUGUGAACUGAGCUGCCUGGGGGGGCCUGAGGAGCUGGAGGCUGGCUCAGAGCCUGGAGAGUGGUGCCCACCGGUGCCUGAGAGGAGCCAACUGGCAGAGCCCAGCUCCAGCGGAGGGUGCUUGGUCCCUGCGUCCCGAGCGGAGACCCCCUCUCCCACACCUUCCUAUGGACAACAGUCCACAGCCACUCUCACCCCCUCACCUCCCGACCCUCCCCAGCCCCUCACUGACACUCCCCAUCUCCACCAGAUGCCCAGGAGGAUGCCCCUUGAGCCAAGUUCCCCUCUCAGUGUGUCCCAGCCCGCCCUGAAUAGCCACGAAGGGAGGCCUGCUGGCUCAGGGGCUGGCCCCACAGCCUCCCAUCACUGCAGCCCCAGCCCUGUUCCUAGCACAGCCAGCAGUACCCCAGGGAGGACCCGGCAGGUGCCUGGGGAGAUGACUCCUCCACUUCAAGGGCCCCGAGCCCAAAUUCGGAAGAAAUCCAAGGCUGUUCCCUACAGGCGGGAGCACAGUCCUGGGGACUUGCCCCCACCACCCUUGCCGCCACCAGAGGAAGAGACAAGCUGGGCCUUAGGGCUGGGAGCAGCAGGCAGCAUGUCCUCCUUGGACCGGAAGCACAGUGGGGAGAGAAGAAUGGCGCAGGGGGUGCCCCUCGGGGCCUCUCGGGGCCCCCUCCCGGAUGAAGAGGCCUGGCUCCCUUACAGCCGACCAAGCUUCCUGUCCCGGGGCCAGGCCACCAGCACCUGUUCCACCGCUGGCAGCAACUCUUCCCGAGGCUCCAGCAGCUCUCGGGGCUCCCGGGGCCCCGGACGGAGCCGCAGCCGCAGCCGAAGCCGGAGCCAGAGCCAAAGGCCAGGACGGAAAUGCCGAGAGCUGGGGGCGGGGGCGAGGGAUCAGGAACCAAGAUAA